AUGGAAAGGGUAAUGUUUGAACGACUCUCUGAACACGUCGAGAGAAAUGGUUAUCUCAAAGACGUGCAGUGGGGCUUUCGGAGGGGUCGUUCCUGUGCUGACUGUCUUUAUACACUCAAUUCGUCGAUUGUAAAGGCUCUGGAUUUCAAAGAGUGUCUGACAAUUGUGUCUCUAGACAUCUCAAAAGCCUUUGAUAUGGUUUGGCACCUCGGUCUCCUUAGACAUCUGGCGAAGUGUCACAUAGACAAAGGACUAUUCCUAUGGCUAAAAGACUUCCUCCGCGAUAGGCGCUCUGUGAUAAGCUUUCUGAACUAUGACUCGGAUGAACUGAAACUUAAAAGAGGCGUCCCUCAAGGAUCAGUCCUCAGUCCUCUAUUAUUCAACAUUGUGAUGAGCAAUCUGCCGUCUCCUGUCAACACACGGACGGAAAUUUUGAUAUACGCCGAUGAUGUUGUAAUCCUUGACAUUUCAUCGAAACCUGCCUUAUCCGAACAAAGGAUUAUAUCAUAUAUGAAUACAGUGGAGCAAUGGUGCGAUGAAAAUAUGUUCAUUAUUGCGCGUGAGAAGUCCGCAUUACUGAGAAUCACAGAAAGCAGAAAUUUAAUAAAUUUACCGUGCCUGAUCAAGAACAUACCUCGACAAAACUCAAUUAAAUAUCUUGGCUUGUUCAUCGAUGAAAAGGGAAACUAUCUCGAAAACGCAAAAUUAAGUAAAAGGAAAGCAACUAAUGCUCUAGCUCUUGAUUUAAAAGUCAAACAACACAAAAUUCCAGUCAUGGACCGAUCAAAUACAGACAACCCCCCUCCAAUGGUGGUGGCCAUAGUUGGUCCCCCAAAAGUAGGGAAAACGACCCUCCUUAAAGCACUGGUUCGAUAUUAUACCCAUCAAACCUGCUCUCAGCCAGUUGGCCCGAUCACCGUUGUAGUCAGUUUGUGUAUAAAUAUGCCAUCAGACAAAACGAGGAGAAUUACUCUCAUCGAAUCGAAUAAUGAUCUCAACUCGAUGAUUGAUGUUGCAAAAUUGGCCGAUGUUGUCCUCAUGUUGAUGGACGCGUCCUUCGGCUUUGAGAUGGAAACAUUCGAGUUUAUGAACAUUUGUCAGAGCUUUGGAAUGCCCAAGAUUAUUGGAGUCCUUACCCAUCUCGACACUUUCCCUGACAGUAAACGCCUUAAAAAGCGCAAAAAACUACUCAAGCACAGAUUCUGGACCGAGAUCCACCCAGUUUUUAUUUUUUCUCACUUUUAGGGAGCAAAAUUAUUUUAUUUGACAGUAUUCAAAAAUUCUCAUUACAGUCGGGUUGAGAUACAGAAAAUGGCCCGUACUUUGUCAGUUACGAGUUUCAAGUCCGUCGAAUUUCGAUCCUCUCACUCCUACGUGCUUGGAGACCGGUUUUUUGAUUUUGUUAUUCCAAGUGUCGAGGACUUGACUGAUGAAAAUGUCAUUUCUGCUUCUAAUGGGAAAUGUGACCGGAAAGUGGCCUUUUUCGGUUAUGUCCGCGGAGGGGGGAAUUUGUUGAGGAAUGGAGCCUCAGUGCAUAUUGCUGGCUGUGGAGAUUUCGCGAUUUCGUCUGUGCGUCCGUUGAGUGAUCCCUGUCCCCUACCUGGGCAAGUGAAGGGAAGAAUGUUGCUUAACAGUGAGCGGACAAUCUAUGCUCCAAUGGCUGGAUUAGGCGGACUUUUAUACGACGCGGAUGCAAUAUACGUGGAGAACAUACAAUCUGUUUUUGAGUGUUGUCCAUUAUUAGAAACAAACUGA